AUGGGUCAGCAGCCAGUUAAAGCGUUAACGGAACGAUCAAAAUCUGGGAAAACGAUCAAGGCAUCUGGGAAGAGCAAAGAGGCUGAAAAGUCAGAAUUUCAUACUGCUACAGGUAAGAUUGAAAAUAGAUUUGAAGAUCUCUUUCAAUUCCGAAUCGGAUGUUUUUGGAAUCUGAUCAACCUCAAACACUAAUGUGAUAAUGUGUUUGAAUAUGUAAAGCUUGAAAUUUUGUUGUGGAAUUUGAUCAAAUAUCUGCUGACCGUAGGUAUGUCAAGCAAAUACAUGUCUCUACGUCUAAUGACGUACAAGGAAAGCUUUGACUCUCCGCACAGUGUGAUCUUUACCUUCCGUCUAAUUUGCAGAAAAAGAAAUUAAAAGCGUAAUGCACUUGGAAAAAUUAUGUCCGGCAGCGGCUUGUAAUUUCGCACGCAAAAUGUACAUCACAUUUUAAAUGGUUAACCAAUCCCUUUCGUGGUCUGUAGAAAUAAAUAGCUCCACACAACGUUAAUUCAAGCGAAAAGUUCGCCAAUUCAAGCGAAAAAUUCGCCAAUUGACUACGAUUUGUAUGAUUUACCUUCCGUCACUCUGCCCUUAAGGUAUUGAUCACUCUUGUAAGCGUGUUGUGAAAACAAACUACAGUUGAAGGUUGAACAUUAAUCAGCAUCUUAAAGCGUGCUAAGCAGGGUGCAUACGUCAAAAGUUAGCAUAUAAGCUAGUAUUUAUUGUUGUUUGAAUACUGGCCCCCAGAGUGAAAGCGUACAUUUCUCAAGCUUUAAUCGAAUACUUCCUUUUCCAUGUGUGCAUUGAUUUAUCGUUUGUUAUUUAUAUAUAUAGAAUGUAUGACAGCCCAGAUAAAAUAUUUCCUUAUUACUAAUCUGUUCAAUUAGCGUUAGACUAUUUUUUUCAGUGAGCAAUAUAAAGCGAGAUUGAGAGAGAUUUUUCAACCUUCAAAUAUUUCAAGUCUGGAAGACAGUUUGUGGGUUUUAAGCUGUCCUGUGAAACCUGUAAUAUCGUAACUGUUACCUAUUGUUUCAAGCCACUUAGUAAUAGCUAAUCACAACACUUGUAUGGUUUUUUGAGUACUCUGUUUAGUGGAUGAGAGUACAAAGCUGUCACAUUUUCACUUCCCUAAACAUGUGAUAAUUUUAGAUUCUUUCAGCAUUACUAGUUAUGACUUGCUUUGGAAGAAAGAUCAAUUAUUUACAGCAAUUUUUUUCAGGUACUCUGUUAGAAGGGAAGUUACAAAGGAUCAUUUUAUUAGCUAGAAGUCUUCAUUCUGUUUGGGCUGAGUGUUUUUUUCUUUUUGUAACUGAUUGACAUUUACUUUACUCUCAUGAUCGUAAAUAUGUAUAGUAUUUGUCAGCAAUCGCCUUUAAUAAAACUGGGAAAACAGGGUUUCUUUAAAUCCCCUUGCAGCUUUUUCUAGUGUCCAUCUGUACAUCAAAUCUGCUUGUAAUUAGAAACAAGAAUCAACUUGUGUAAUAAUUGUGCUCUUAAUGAAUGACUUUGCUUUUCAUUUACUUUUAAAGUUGAUCUUACAAAGCGACCUUUGCCUGAAACACCAUUGGAGAAGUCUGUUGCAGAAUGGGACUCUAAGGAUGACCUACUUACAGAUGACCAUUGCGAUAAAUCAAUAUUUAUUGCAAUACAUGACUUUCAAGCUGCUGGCAGCAAUCAGUUGACUAUUCGAACAGGAGAAGAAUUGGCUAUCUUGCGUUUCAAUGACACUGAAGAAUGGUGUGAAGGUCAAGCUAGAAAUGGAAAUAUUGGCUGGUUACCGAGUAGUUAUGUGAAACCUGUGAACAGCUUGGAAAAGCAUUCUUGGUAUCAUGGGCCUAUUUCGCGUAAUGCAGCAGAAUAUUUACUCAGCAGUGGAAUCAAUGGAAGUUUUCUGGUUCGUGAAAGUGAAAGUAAUCCUGGACAGUUAUCUAUCUCAUUGCGGUUUGAUUCAAGAGUGUAUCACUAUAGAGUCAGCCAUGCUCCUGAUGGCAAAAUGUAUGUCUCUACUGAUAAUAGAUUUACAUCAAUUGCGGAGCUUAUUCAUCAUCAUUCUAAGCAUGCAGAUGGACUUGUAACAACUCUUCAUUAUCCUGCGGCAAAGACUGAUAAACCCACUGUGUACAGUUUUUCACCUGAACCAGAUGAAUGGGAAAUACCCAGAUCAGAAAUUGCCAUGAAACAUCGUCUUGGUGGGGGGCAGUAUGGAGAGGUUUAUGAAGGAGUGUGGAAGAAGUACAACAGACCAGUGGCUGUGAAGACUUUAAGGGUGGGUAGCUCAUGUGCUUUCUCACAUUUUGUUAAAAAAGUAUCUUUUUAAUUAUUAAUUUUGCCUUUUUUACUUGUCUUAUAGACAGGUAAAAGGUUGGUGCAAUAUAUCCUAAAAUUGUCAUGCAUUUUUUUUUUUUUGGGAAGGGGGAUGACCUCUAACAGACUUUUAAUGAGAAAUUUCCCUCAAUGAAAAGGCAUAGAAAGAACAAUGUUUGAUUUCAAAACCAACUUGAAAAUAGAUGUUUAAAAAUCAUUGAUUUCAAGAUACUGUUUAUUUAAAAUAGUCAGAGCAUUAUAAUCUCCAGUUUGAAAUGGUGGAAAGACAGAAUCCUCUGAGUUUAGCAAUAAAAGGACUUUUAAAAUCAUAUCUAUCCUUAAGGAAAAUAACGAAGUCAUCAUUCAGAGAAAACUGGGCUUCUUUGAUUUCUGUAUGGUACAUUCAAUGGUUCACACUUAUGUCUUUACAAUGUCAUGAAACUGUUAACCUGACCCUAAGCCUCUGACAGUUCAUUGGUACAACACCUCAUGGUAUAAACACCACCUUGGAAUUCUUGCAUGAUAGUAACUAGCAUUAACCCUUAACUUCCAGAUGUGGCUAACGUGUAACUUCUGCCUAUGAUAUCCAUAUGUUUCCUAGCAAAUGGUUUAACUAGGAUACUAAAACUUAUCAGGAAGAAAUUUUUAUCUUGAUAUUACACCAAAUUCAGUCAGGUCAGUAAGAAUGGCAUUAAGUUCAUUGGUGUGGCCUGCAACGGUGAGGAGAUGAGAGAACAGUUCUAUGAAAUGUCUGAUAACAGCACAGUUUGGAAGGGUUCUUUACUCACUGAAUUAUGAAUCAUCUGAUCUAGGAAGAGACAAUGGAGGUGGAUGAAUUCUUGAAAGAAGCAUCAGUCAUGAAAGAAAUAAAACACCCACGACUGGUACAGCUCUUAGGUGUCUGUACAAGGGAACCACCAUUUUACAUCAUAACAGAGUUCAUGACCAAUGGCAAUUUGUUGGACUAUUUACGAAGCACUGCAAGCAAGGAUUUGAAUGCUGUCACACUGAUGUACAUGGCAACACAAGUGGCCCAUGCUAUGUCAUAUUUGGAAUCAAUGAAUUUUAUUCACAGGUAGGAAUUUGACAUUGUUAAAUACAAUGAAAAGAGCUGAACUAUAGAUUGUUGUGGUCCAACUAAAGUACUCUCGUACAGUUGCUAAAUAUUCUAAAACUUCCUUAGCUGUGCUUGAAAAAAGAUAACCAAAAUGUUGAAGGUGAAAGUUAUAUAUUCAAUUAAGAAACUGAGGAUAAUGAUUUGAGCCAGAAAGUACAAUUCAAGUUGUUUCAGUCCACAGUUUCUAUCAAUUUGCUCUAAGUUUCUGUUCUGAAACCAGAAAAAAUUUGUAGAAUCAAGCAAUCAGAAACGUUAUUUACAAGUAGGCAUGGACACUUGCAGAGUGAAAGUCAAGUUUUCAGUAGCUUACAGGUAUUGAGAGAUUUUUCUCAUCAAAACAUCCAUUUAGUGUCCUCUCCUGGGAAAACUUUGGGCAUUUCCCCUUCUAGACUUAAUGUAAGUCUUUUUUUACAUAAAUAUGAACUCUUUUUCCAUCUUUGUGUCUGUUAUUGAAGGGAUCUUGCAGCUAGAAACUGUCUUGUGGGGGAGAACAAUCUUGUAAAGGUUGCAGACUUUGGUUUGUCGAGACUAGUGACAUAUGACAUCUACACAGCUCAUGAAGGUGCAAAGUUUCCAAUCAAAUGGACAGCUCCCGAAGCUCUGGCCUACAACACAUUUUCGAUUAAAUCUGAUGUUUGGGGUAUGUUAUACCCCUUUAGAAUUUAGAUUAGUCCCUGUUAUUUUUUGGUCCAAUAAAUAACAAUUCUGUGGUGAUUGGAAUUUUGGCCAAAAAAAAAGAUACUUAACAAUCAGAUCAUUUUCUAAAUGGCGAGAAAACCUCAGUAGCUUCCCUUAAGGCAGAGGCUCAAAAAGGUACAGUGUAGGAGAGGGUUCUUUGAAGGUAAUUACGACAAUGACUAGUAUUCCAAGUACAAAAAAUUCUUGAUAUAAGAAUGAAGUUAUUGGACCACUGCAUGUACCUUAAUCAGGACCUAGAAUAAUUGAAGAAAAAAUGUUUACUGGGUUUCAAAGAACGCAAUGUUUUUAUCCUGUCAAAACUGUUAUAGGCACUGUAUCAGGAAGACAGAUUGUCUUAUUGUGACUACUGUCAAUCAUUUCAACCCAUCCAUUUAAGGAUCCAUGGAUAGUGAUUGGUUUGCAUCUAUUUCAAGAUUGGCAGAUGGGUUGAUAGGUUUUUGUUUUUGUUUUUGUUUUUGUUUACAGCAUUUGGAAUACUCUUAUGGGAGCUUGCAACAUAUGGUAUGUCACCCUAUCCAGGAAUUGACUUGUCACAAGUGUAUGAAAUGUUGGAGAGUGGAUACAGAAUGCCUUCCCCAGAGGGCUGCCCUCAAGAGGUCUAUGAAAUGAUGAUGAAAUGUGAGUCAUCUGUGUUGCAUCUUAUUAAAAGAUAUUAUAAUUUGUCAUGAAUGGGGGGGGGAGGGUAGGGGUGGGGGAGGGGAGAUUGAUCUGUCUUGAGUACUCCUCAACCAGUUUGGAUGUUGUGAUUGGUGGCUCAGUUAACUGCGCUUAGCAAAAUACUUAGUGUAGGUUACCAUGUGAUAAGCAUUUAGCACAUUGCUAUUAACAGUAUCCUGUGUGCAGGAGAGCUGGUAAAUGAUAUUUUGCUUAUUAGGUAUUAGUUAAAAAAAUGUUUUUAUUGGCUGAAUAAGUUCCCCUCAACUCCUGAAUAAGUUCUCCUCAACCAGUUUGAAUGUUGUGAUUGGUGGCUCAGUUAAUUGCACUUAGCAAAAUACUUAGUGUAGGUUAUCAUGUGAUAAGCAUUUAGCAUAUUGCUAUUAAUAAUAUCCUGUGUGCAGGAGAGCUGGUAAAUGAUAUUUUGUUUAUUAGGUAUUAGUUAAUAAAAUGUUUUCAUUUGCUGAAUAAGUGCCCCCUGUAAACUGUGGGAAAAUUGUGACACCAAUGAAGUAUUAAUUUUAAUUUGAACUAGGUAGUUGUUGGAAUUUAUGUAAGUAACUUAAAUUAGCAAUUGAAAUACUUGUAUUUAGGUUGGAGCUGGGAUCCACAAGAUCGACCAACAUUUUCUGAAAUCCACAAAUGGUUGAACACAGUCUUCUCAACAACCAGUGUUGAUGAAGGUAUUUUGUCCAUUAAAGACCUGCUUCUUAUUUUUUUUUUUUCACACAUAAUGGUAAUUGAACACAUGUUAGGAGAGAAGUCUUGCUAACUAGUCCACAUCAUAAGUCUCCAAUCCCUUUGCACCCUAACAUCAGUAUGCAUAUUCUCUGUAUUGUUCUCUAUAUAUCUCCCAAGGUGCUGACUUGGAGAAUUUGUUUAACAAUCAGGAGGUUCUUUUAUUUUGUUAGAGAUCAUUUCUUUUAGUGUUGUGACCUCAAUGUUUGACUCAGGGGUGAGGAAUUAGAUGCUAGUCACCUUUAGGGGUGUGAGGGUUAUUUCACAGAACCUUUCAUCCCAUUCUGGGACCAUGUAGCAUUUUGUGAUUUUCUGCUAAUUUUCCUCUUCCCAUUCAUACCUGUGCAUCUUUGUGGGGCUUGCUGUGAGAGAGUGUUUUGUUCAAUCCAAAAAAACAAUACAUUGACCUCCAGCAGGGAAGAUUUUCUAAAACAGAUUCAGACAUAAUAAAAUGGCAUAAUGUUAUAACAAAUGAUUUAAACCUAAGAGCUAAGUCAGAGCAAUUUAACCCAAGCUAAUCUAAAUUGAACAGUCACAUACAUUUUAGAUCAGGAUUUUUUAAGUAGCUGUUUUGAUUUUUUUAAAACAGAAGUGGAGAAAGCUUUGGAAAAGAAUAAAUCAAAAAAAGAUAAAGGAAAGAAAAGCAAGAAAAGAGGUGAAGCCAAUGAUUCUUUGUCAGCAAAAGACGAGAACACAAGUAGAAAAAAGAAAGAUGAUCCUCGUGGCUCAAAGUCAAAAAUGUCCAAUAUGAAAAAAAUUACCAGCUCACUGAAUCCAUCAGGGCCUCCUCCAGAACCACCAGCUCGGCCAAUGCUUAAAGAUCAAAACUGGGAGAAAGAAAAGGAGGCACGUCCCUCAUUACCUCCUUUACCAAAUGACCCUGUGAUGUCCAAUUUGAUGAAGGAAUUGGGUAACAGGUCUGGGACACUGAAAAAAGGAUCUGAUAAAGGAAUUGUUUCAAAUAGCAGAGAGCAAAAAGAGGAUCUUCCUUCAAGAUUUACUGCUGAUAACCUGCACAAAAGACCACCUGCACCUUUACCUCCAGAAUACCAACCUCAGGAGCAGAGAGGAGCACCUCAUUUCUCAAACCCAAAACAGCAAGAAAAUGGAAAUAAGCCUGCUCCACCCUCUCAAGGAUCCCGUAAAAUCACACACCCGCAACCUCUCAGCAAGCCACUUUUGCCACCACCCCGACAGUCUCUACAGAAAUCUUUGUCCAGUCCAUCCAGUCAAGCACCACUUUCCCCUCCUCCUCAAAUGAAUAAGAGCACAAAGUCACCUUUGCUAGAGGAGAAAACCAAAGAACUGGAUGCCCAGGUGUCAAAUAAAGAUAAACCAAGUAACUCUGCCAGGAAGACAAGUGCUGCAGGAAGUAAACCCUCUGAUCAUCUGAAUUCAGAAGUGGGCAAGCCAAAAAGUCCAGUUCCAAGACCACGGAACAGACCCCCUCCACCUCCACCUCCAAUCUCAUUACAAGAAAGUGGAAAAUCCACCUCGAAUUCAAGUUUGUCAUCUGGGGAUACAAACCUUUCAGAAUUUCCAAAUGAUGGGCUGGCAUCUCCCAAACCUCGCCCAGUACCCCGGCCAAGGCUGAGGGGAGAACAACCAUCAGAACAGAGUGAUAGAGGUUCUAAAAUUGAACCUCUCAGACAACCACCCACGAAAUCAAAACCAAUGCAUCCACCUCCAUCAAUCCCGGACAUUUCCAAAAGACCUUUAACCAGAAAUAAUUCAAGUUCAAGCCAGCAGCAAGUCAGUUCUUCGGUAGUGAAGCCAAAGUCAUCUGGGCCCAAACCAGCUCCUUCUAAACCAAAACCUCCAGUUAAACCAAACAUUCCCAGGAAACCUAAAAUUACCCCUCCCAGUUCAGGAGCUGAUUCUAAUCUACCACCCAAAGUAAAUGAACUUUUGCACCUUUCUGACCAAUGCCAAUCAAGGAUGAAGGCAAUUCUCUCUCUUACUGAUGCUAGAGUAAUGGAUGAUUCACAUAAUAAUCUUCUUCAGGCUAUUGAUGAGCUCAAAGGAAUCUCUCUUGAAGUUCUAGAGACAUCAUCAAGCUUAACUGACUCUCUAGAACCACAGGCACGGUUUAAAGUCCGUCGAACAGUUACAGAUCUGGAGGGUAAAUACAGUGACAUGGAGGGUGUAGUGGAAACUGUGGGACCUAAUCCUAAUGCUGUUGAUAUGGAAAGGAUUGGAAAAGCAGUGAUCAGUUUUUCUGAGGCACUAGAAAAUGUGUGUUUCACUGUAAGAGCUACUGCCUCCUGA